AAGAAAAGAGAGAAAAAAAAAACGCGUAGAAGGGAAGUUGGCUCAUUAAACUAACAAAAUUCGCUGUAGAUGCGUUAACAUAACAUGGACGAUGUCCCGGUCAAGAUAGUUGAACGCUAUAAACCUCCGCCACCCGUUUACCAGCUGCCACAAACGACUGUGAACCGAUUGGGACAAUACAAAGAAAACUUCUACGAAGAUCAGCCUGACUACCACUAUGACUUCCAACUGGAGCGCGCUGUUCUGGACAAGGCGCACCGUUGGCAUCAGUUACGCCAGCAGCAGAGGAAGGACCGGGAAAAGCGCCAGGAGCGACGCAAGGUGGAGCGUCAGCGCGAGAUGGAGGCCAAGCAGAAGGAAAUGCUCGGAGCUGUCGACUACCCCAGUGCCGACGAUUUGUCAUCCUCCGAUGACGAGGAGAAGGUGGAGGUGGUGGAGGAAAACGAACAACAGCCGCCUCCGCGGCAGCCACACCAGCUAGAGCCGGAACAAUCUGAGUCACACGACUCCCACGAACCAAAGUCAAUAAUCUUGUGCAAUUUUCACAACAUUUUGCAGCCGACGAUCCUAAGCACGGCGCCAGUGGCCAUCGCUCAGACUUUGCACAAGCGUAACAGCUCGCUUAACUAUGCCGACUUCGAGUACAAUAUGAACUCAACGCCCUUUGAUAAUAUUGAAUUGAAGACCAUCAACGAUUUGGAUGUCCUCGCGCAGGUGCUGCAUCAGACCAAGCUCCAAGAGCAGAAGGAGCAACGGCAGCUCCAGCAGCAAGCGGAACAGAUUGAGAAGGGGGAGCAGGAGCAGGACCAGGAGGAGGAUGUGAAGCAGGAUCAAGAGCAGAAAACGAUGCCAGCUCCUGCUGCGCUGACCGUAACGACGUUGGCGGAAACCAAAGCGACGCUCGACAGCGUCAAUUUCCAUGUUCACUGUGAUGAUGACAAUGCCUACAAGCAUGAAGAUAGUAACAACAUUCCAGCCAGUGGCCAGGCGCAAAAUGUAAACACGUCCCUCUAUCAGACGCCUCUUUAUAGCGUUUCGCAGCAGCAGCAGCAGACGCAGUCCCAGCCGCAGCAGAAUCAGGAGCAGGCGCACUUCCAGGUGUACCAUAUGCAAGGCUAUAGCCAUCCCUACUAUCCCCAACAGCAGCAGCAGCAGCUCUACCACAAUCAGAAUAACUAUUACGCUAAUGGCUUUGGCACGCCCAACCAUGUGAUGCCGUCGCCAUCUGUCUUGGCUCUGAGCCAGGCGGAGGCAGAGGCGGCCACCAAGUCGAAGAGUGUUCCCGACAUCCUGCGAGAGCUGAAAACAGAGCUGCAGCAGGCGGAAAAACGCCGCACCCGCCUACACAGUCACAAUGAGGAGCAGCAGAAGCCACAUCUCCCAUUGACUUCGCCACAGCGACUGGAGCAGACGGAGAAGAUGGACAACCACACCUUUGGAGAGCUGGCUGGGCCGGCACAGAAACUAGUGAAACGCAUUAGCAGCAUGGGAUUUCCCCUGGAGCGUGUCGCCAAGGUUGUCAGUCUGUGUGGCAUCGACGACAAGAAGAUAAUCGAACACCUCAUCCCCCUGGGCGAACUAAUGGAUCUCGGCUUCGACGAAACGAAAAUCUCGGCGGCGCUUCUAAAGUUCGACAACAAUAAGGACAAGGCGCUGGACUAUUUAAUCAAUUAGUUAAUUUGAAAAUCUAACCAUCCGCAUCCCUAUUCCAAGCCACCCGCAACCCGAUAGACGCCAGGCUCUGUUGAAUGUGUUUUUUUAAUUCUCGUGAGAUAUUCUUUGCAUAAGUUGAGAGAGUGCGCGGCAGUUUACAGAGAAGAGGGCACAUCAAAGAAAGCUAAUGCUAAGCAGCGCCUAAAGGUAUUUCUAUAACAUCAUCGAAGCAGUAGCAGCACUUGCAGAAAUACCAGAAUAAAUAUAUAUAUAAGUUCAUAAAGUA